UGUCAGACUAUGGCAACUGGUGGCAAGUAUAACCUGAAGUGGAAUUCCCACCAUGCCGAGACCUUCAGCAGCUUCGACGCCCUCCGAAGCAGGGAAAGGCUCGUGGACGUCAUACUCUCGUGCGAGGGCCAGUCCAUAAAGGCACACAAGUUGGUGCUCUGUGCCGGAUCGGGGUAUUUCGAGCGCGUGCUGCAGCGCGACGCGAAUCACAACCCUGUGAUGUAUUUCUUUGGUGUGGAUGCCCAUCUCCUGAAGUUCCUCCUGGACUUCAUGUACCUCGGGGAAGUGGACGUCCCCUCGGUGGACCUGGAGAAGUUCAUCGAGCUUGCAGAGGCCCUGGAAGUGAAGGGGUUGAAAGGUGACCGCCCCAAGGCCCCGUGCAGCUCAGGUGCACCCACGGUCCCCACCUCGGGUCCGCAAGAUGCUCUGGCCCACAAGCGCAACGCCACCUGGAUGUCAUAUGACAAGAACUCCAAGUUUCCAAAGACCUCAUACCAUAGCUUCCAUCCACCUGCCAGUCCCCGUGUUGUGUCUCGAAGUACGCUUGGAAUGGCCUCCUCAUCAAGGAUGAUGCCUCAAUCUCAGGAUGCAGUGAUGACCCAGUCACCCAUGACCACUGCCUUGAGUUCUAUGCCUGGUCCUAGUGGCAGUCCUGCCAAGGAAGAGCCUGUUGUCAAAGAAGAAAUUGUGGAUGUGGAAGAGGAUUUCCUGCAGGACGAGCAAUGUGAACAGCCAGAGGAGCAGCGAGAAUGGGACGAGGAUGGAGAGGCCUCAUAUUAUCAGGAGGGCGAGGAGGGACCACUGAACAGCCAGGAGUUCCCUCCAAGCAUCCCUCCUGAAAUAGAUCCUUCGACCAUCACAGUCACCUCCGACUAUGUGUGGAGUGGAUACACUGCAACCGGAAGAAAGUUGUGGUUUUGCAGUGCAUGCGGGUGCAAAAAUGGCCAGAAGAGUAACAUUACCAGACACGCUCUCAUCCACUCGGGAGAGAGGCCGUUCUCUUGCGUCGAAUGUGGUAAGACCUUCAACCGACGCGACACCCUCGUAGUGCACAGGCUGACAUGCCAGCAAGGUGAACUGAGACCACAUGUUGCACGACUCAAUUCUAAUGGAAAGCUUGUCUCUUGUGCAGUGUGCAAUGAUGCAUUCAAGCUGAUGAAGAGCUCUGAUUGUCAGAACCUCUUUUACUCAGAGGAAAGUCGAUUCAAAUGCGACACCUGUGGCAAUGUAUUUCACCAGAAAGAUAAUCUGACUGCCCACAUAUGGCUAAAACAUUCAAAUGAACGGCCAUUCAAGUGCAGUGCAUGUGGGGAUUCAUUCAAGGGAGAACCAGAUUUAAGUCAUCAUGUCAACCAAAUUCAUCCCAUUGAUGAGGUAUUCAUAUGUGAACCAUGUGGAAAAGUUUUCAAGUCAAAGUUGAAGCUUCGGCGUCACAUGCUUGUACACAUGGAUGAAAAGCCAUUUAAGUGUGAAACCUGUGACAGUUCCUUUCGUCGCAGAGCUCAUCUGCGUAUCCAUCUACAGCGCAAACAUUCGAAUAAAAGACCAUUCAGGUGUGAUGUGUGUGGGAAUUCAUUCAAAGUAAAAACUGAUUUGAGGCUUCAUGUCAAGCAUGUUCAUUCCAAUGAAAAGCCAUUCAUAUGUGAACAAUGUGGAAAGGGGUUCAAAUUUAAGUUGAAGCUUCGUGAGCACUCAAUUGUACACACAGAUGAAAAGCCAUUCAAGUGUGAAACCUGUGGCAGUUCACAUCGCCGCAGAGCCGAUCUGCGUUUUCAUCUUCAGCGCAAGCAUUCAAACAAAAGGCCAUUCAAGUGUGAGGUGUGUGGGAAUUCUUUCAAAACAAAACCUGAUGUAUGGUUUCAUGUCAAGCAAGUUCAUUCCAUUGAAAAGCCAUUCGUAUGUGAACAAUGUGGAAAGGGAUUCAAAUUUAAGUUGAAGCUUCGACAGCACUCAGUUGUACACAUGGAUGAAAAGCCAUUCAAAUGUGAAACCUGUGGCAGUUCACAUCGCCGCAGAGCCGAUCUCGCAAGCAUUCCAGUGGAAGGCCAUUCAAGUGUGAUGUGUGUGGGAAUUCAUUCAAAGCAAAACCUGAUUUAUGGUAUCAUGUCAACCAAGUCCAUCCCACUGAGAAGCCAUUCGUAUGUGAACAAUGUGAAAAGAGAUUCAAGUCAAUGUUGGAGCUUCGACGUCACACUUGCACCUAAGGAUGAAAGGAAUUCAAGGGUGAAACCUGUAUCACUUCAUUUCAUCGCAAAAAUGAUUUGCGCAUCCAUCUACUAUGCAAACGUUCAAUUAAAAAACCAUUCAAGUGUGAUGAUUGUGCUAAAUCAAAGUUUUUUAAAAAUAUUCGAAGAUGGAGAACUGAGACCGCAUGUGGAAAAACUCAAUUCUGACGAAAAGCUUGUCUCUGAUGAGUGCAAUGAUGCAUUCAAGCUGAUGAAGAGCUCUGAUUGUCAGAACCUCUUGAACUCAGAGGAAAGACGAUUCAAAUGCGACACCUGUGGCAGUGUGUUUCACCAGAAAGAUAAUCUGACUGCCCACAUAUGGCUAAAACAUUCAAAUGAACGGCCAUUCAAGUGCAGUGCAUGUGGGGAUUCAUUCAAGGGAAAGCCUGAUUUAGGCCAUCAUGUCGACCAAGUCCAUCCCAUCGAGGAGACAUUCAUAUGUGAACCGUGUGGAAAGAGAUUCAAGUCAGAGUUGGCACUUCGACAGCACACAGUUGUACACGUGGAAGAAAAAGCAUUCAAGUGUGAUACUUGUGACAGUGCUUUUCGUUGGGAAGCUCAUCUGCGUAUCCAUCUACAGUGCAAGCAUUCAAAUAAGAGACCGUUCAAGUGUGGUGUGUGCAGGAAGUCAUUCAAAGUAAAGUCCGGUUUAAAACAGCAUGUCAAGCUAGUCCAUUCCAUUGAGAAGCCAGUCACAUGCGAUCAGUGUGGUAAGCAAUUCAAGAGAGAGGCAUAUCUUCGAUGCCACGCUCUUUUGCACACCGAUAAGAAGCCAUUCAAGUGUGAAACUUGCAGAAGUGCAUUUCAUCAAAAAAGUCAUCUGCAUCUCCAUCAGCAGCUCAAGCACUCAAAUGAAAGGCCGUUCAAGUGUGAAAAGUGUGGGAAGUCAUUCAAAGUAAAGCCUGGUUUAAAGCAGCACGUCAAGCAAGUCCAUUCCAUUGCUAAGCCCGUCACAUGUGAACAGUGUGGAAAGCAAUUCAAGAGUAAGGCCAAUCUUCGAUGCCACGCUCUUUUGCACACUGAUGAGAAGGCAUUAGAGUGUGAAACCUGUGGAAGUGCAUUUCAUCACAAAAGUACUCUUCACAUCCAUCAGCAGCUCAAACAUUCAAAUAAAAGGCCAUUCAAGUGUGAUGAGUGUGGGAAGUCAUUCAAAUUGAAGUCUGGCGUUGCCCAGCACGUGAAGCAUGUCCAUUCCACUCAGAAGCCACUCAUAUGUGAACAGUGUGGAAAAGGAUUCAACCAACAUAUCAACCAAGUCCAUUCCAUUGAGAAGCCAUUUGCAUGUGAAUCGUGUGGAAAGAGAUUCAAGUCAGAGUUGGCGCUUCGGCAGCACACAGUCGUAUUCAAGCACGAAAAAGCAUUCAAGCUUGAGACCUGUGGAAGUGGAUUUCAGCCGAAAGGCACUCGUCAUAACCAUCAGCAGCGCAAACACUCGAACGAAAGGCCAUUCAAGUGUGAUUGGUGUGGGAAGUCAUUCAAAGCGUUGGAUUCUUUAACACAGCACAUCAAUCAAGUUCAUUACUUUGUGAUGCCAUUUAUAUGUGAACAGUGUGGAAAUACAUUCACGUCAAUCGGGAAGCUUCAGCACCACGCUUCGGUGCACACACGCGAAAAGGCCUUCAGAUGUGAAGUCUGCGGCCAUGCAUUCCGUCGCAAGGCUCAUCUGCAUAAGCAUUUAAAGUGCAAACAUUCGAUUGUAAGGCCCUUAUUCAAGUGUGAUAGUUGUGGGAAAUCAUUCAAAAUAAAGACUGGCUUAGACCAGCACAUCAAGGAUGUCCAUUCCGUUCUGAAGCCGUUCGCGUGCGGACAGUGCGGAAAGGGAUUCAGGUCAAAGGGGGAGCUUCGACGCCACGCUCAAGUGCAUAUAGAUGAAAAGGCAAUCAAGAGUGAGCAAACGAGGAAGGAUGGGGGAAGAAAAAAGCAGGAUACACUUGAUUCAAAGAGGCCGUAUUGUUCUUUCAAAUGCAACUGCUGCAACGGUUUUUUCGAAUCAUUCAAAGAUGGAGAACGAAGACCGCAUGUGGCAAAAAUGAAUUCUGACGAAAAGCUUGUCUCCUGUGAUGAGUGCAGAGAAGCAUUCAAGCUGAUGAAGAACUCUGAAUGUCCCAGGCUCUUGCACUCGGAUGAAAGACGAUUCCAAUGCGACACCUGUGGCAGUGUAUAUCACCAGAAAGAUGAUCUGAAUGCCCAUAUAUGGUUAAAACAUUCAAAUGAAAGACCAUUCAUGUGUGGUGCAUGUGGGGAUUCAUUCGAAGUGAAACCUGAUUUAAGCCAUCAUAUCAACCAUGUCUAUUCCAAUGGGAAGCCAUUCAUAUAUGAACAGUGUGGAAAGGGAUUUAAGUCAAAGUUUGAACUUCGAGAGAAAGCAAUUGUACACAUGGAUGAAAAUGCAUUCAAAUGUGAAACUUGUGGCAGUGCAUUUCAUUGCAAAGCUUAUAUACGCAUCCAUCAGCGGCGUAAACAUUCGAAUGAAAGGCCAUUCAGAUGUGGUGUGUGCAGGGUUUCAUUCAAAGUAAAAGGUGAUUUACGCCAGCAUGUCAGGCACGUCCAUUCCCUUGAGAGACCAUUCAUCUGUGAAGAGUGUGGGAAAGGAUUCAAGUCCAAGUUCCAUCUUCGACGCCACACUCUAGUGCACACCGACGAGAAGGCGUUCGAGUGUGAAACCUGUGGCCGUGCAUUUCGUCAGAAAUUUACUCUGCAUAUCCAUCAGCUGCACAAACAUUCGAAUAAAAGGCCAUUCAAGUGCAAUGAGUGUGGGAAGUCAUUCAAGGGAAAGGCUUGUUUAAGACGGUACGUCAAGCACGUCCAUUCCAUUGAGAAGAUAUGUGAACAGUGUGGAAAUGAAUUCAAAUCAAAGGGGAAGCUUCGGCGCCACACUCUAGUGCACACAGAUGAAAAGGCAUGCAAGUGUGAAACCUGUGGCUGA